AUGGACUUGUCAAAAGCAUUUGAUUCCAUAGAUCAUGGCCUUUUAAUCUCAAAAUUGGCUGCUUAUGGUUUUGAUAGAAAAAGUCUUUACCUUAUGAAAAGUUAUCUCUCUGGACGUUUUCAAAGAACCAAAAUCUGCAGUUCUUUUAGUGAGUUGCUCUCAAUUGUUUCCGGCGUUCCACAAGCCUGGUUUGAAAACAACCAAUUGGUUGCUAAUCCAGCAAAGUUUCAGAUGAUGUUUUUAGGUUGUCCACACAGUGAUACUUUAUCGCUAAGAAUAAACAAUAACUUCUUAGUCGCAUCGGAAUCUGUAAAAUUAUUAGGCAUUACUAUUGAUAGAUGUCUCACUUUUAAUGAGCACAUCUCUAAUCUAUGUAAAAAAGGAAAUAGCAAUGUCAGAUGUCUUUACAGAAUAAGACGAUUCAUUAGUUUUGAACAAUCAAAGUUAUUGCUUAAUUCUUAUAUUUUAUCAAUAUUUACCUAUUGUCCCAUUAUAUGGAUGUAUUGCAGUGCUGUGCAGUAUAAAUUAAUCAUUUCAACACACAAACGUGCAUUGAGAGCUGUAACAAAAGACUAUCAUUCCAGUUAUCAGGACUUGUUGGUAAAUUGUAACAGUGUGCAAAUUCACGAACUGCAUUUACGUAUAAUCUGCACAGAGAUUUAUAAAACAUUAACAGACGAAAAUUCGUCAUUUAUGCAGUCUUUUUACGCUAUAAGACGUAUCAGUUACAAUUUGCGCAGCAAAAAUAGUCUACUUUUACCAUCCACAAGUUCAACACGCUUUGGUACUAGAUCUUUUUUAUUUCGAAGUUGUUUGUUAUGGAACUCUUUGCCUGACAGAGUGAAGAGUUCUCUCUCCAUCAAGAGUUUUAAAAAGGAACUAAUCUCACUUAAUCUUUCAGAUCUCUGCACAUUUGGUCAAUGGGAAAAUGGGCAGAAUAAAGCACGGUACACAGAUUGGUGCAGCAUUUACGGUGACUCCCACUCACGCGGUUGGGUAAUCCUGACACCAGAAGCUGAUCGCUUUCCACCACAGGCGUGUAAUUUAGUGAGGACUUCGUAUAAGAACGCGAUAAGAUACGCUGGCAGAAACGGUUUGAAGGCCUCCAGAUGUAUGAUCAAGAUCUAG